AUGGAAAAAUUCAUUUCAGCCUGGAAUUAUUGUGUUUCAAAAUUUAAAUCAAAUCCUAAAACCUAAGUUGAUCCUUAAAAAAGUUCAAAAAAUGAAUAAAUUCAUAUGAGCAUAGAUUAAGCAUUAGGGUUUAGCAAUACUUUAUAUGAGACUUCCAAUAAUGUAAAUUAAAUUCUACGUUAAAGUUUAUCAAUUAGUUCAGCCCUAACUACUCAGACAUUUAAUGAGGUCAUAAUUAAGAUAAUUUUUUCGAAUAUUUUGAAUUAAUUAGCUCUAAAAUCUACAAGUUUAGCUUAAGAGAAAAUGCCACAUCCUAAUAUUACGCAUUUUGAUGUUAAUGAUGUCUCUUUGCAAAAAAAGAAAAUUACUCAUGUUUAUAAAUGUUAAAGAGAGAAUAAAUAUAUUCUAAAAGAUAUAGUUGGUAUAAAACUAGUCACUCAACACUCUGAUACAAUUAUCUGUUCAAAUGACACAUGCUUAUUAGCAUCAUUCCAUGAAAAUGUAUCAAGAGUUGAUUUAGGCAUCUAUAAGAAAGGUUAAGCUUAAGCUGUAUAUGCUGAAUGUCUUGAAUAUAUUCCAUAAGAGUAAAAAUAAUUCAGUGAUGCUUUAUAAUCUAUAGAGAAUCUAAAAAAGGAAAAAUAUGAACUUUUUAAUAAUAAUUGUUAACAUAGUUCUGAAAAAUUAAUUUCCUCAUUAGAUUCAAACUUUAAUAGAAAAAUAAAUUUAGAAUAAUUAUGA